GCAAAAAUGUCACACAGUCAGCAAGCUCUGGCUCUCAUAUCAAAUAUGAUUAAAAUCCCCCCUCUCAAAGCUUUUUCGUUCUUUAACUCCAUGACUCUCCAAGGCCUCCAUCACACCCCACAAUCCAUAUCAAUAACUCUCCACCUUCUUCUCUCCUCGAACAUGCAAUCUCAUGCGCAGUCUCUCAUUCUACAGAUAUUAUCUGGUCGCAUUUCAUCUUCAGUCAUCACUCCUCACUCUCUUCUCCACCACUUAACAGAAAAACACUUAAAUUGCGACCCAACAGUUAAGUUUCAUCUUUAUGAAGCAAUUGUAAAUGCUCUUAUAAAAUCUCAGUCAGUAGAGCAAGCUCUGUUUUAUUUUAAUCAAAUGGUUGAUAAGGGUCUUGUACCUGAAUCAAACUUGUUUAAUAAUCUGUUGAGCUUUCUUAUCAAAUCUUCUUGUUUUGAGAAGAGUUGGUUGUUUUUUAGUGAGAAUAAAUGUAGGGUUAAAUUGGAUGCCUAUAGUUUUGGGAUAAUGAUUAAGGGAUGUUGUGAGGCUGGUGAUUUGAACAAGGGAUUUGAGGUUUUUCAUCAGUUGGAGGAUUUGGGUUGGUCUCCAAAUGUUGUUAUAUAUACUACUUUGAUUGAUGGGUGUUGUAAAAAUGGUGAUAUCGAGAGAGCUAAAACGUUGUUUGAUGAAAUGGGUGAGCUAGGUUUGGUUGGUAAUCAGUACACUUACACAGUUUUGAUUAGUGGGCUAUUUAAAAAAGGCCUUAAGAGGGAUGGGUUUGAACUAUAUGAGAAAAUGCAGUUUAAUGGGGUGUCACCAAACUUGUAUACUUACAAUUGUUUGAUUAAUGAGUAUUGCAAUGAUCGAAAAAUAAGUUAAGGUUUUAAACUGUUUGAUGAAAUGCGUGAAAGAGGUGUUGCUUGCAAUGUGGUUACAUAUAACACUCUUAUUGGUGGAUUAUGUAAAGUGAUGAGGAUCCGGGAGGCAGAGAGGUUAUUGAAUCAGAUGAGAAAUGCUAGUAUUAGUCCAAAUUUAAUCACAUAUAACACAAUAAUAGAUGGGUUUUGUAAUGUUGGGCAAUUGGACAAGGCUUUGACAUUCUUUGAUCAAUUAAAGUCAAAUGGUCAUUCUCCAUCUUUAGUGACUUAUAAUGUUCUAAUGGGAAGUUUUUGUAGAGCAGGAAAUUUAGGUAGAGUUUUUGAUAUACUUGGGGAGAUGGAGGAGAGGGGCAUAACUCCUUCUAAAGUUACUUAUACAAUUCUAAUAGAUGCAUUUGCUCGAUCUGAUCAUAUGGAGAAAGCUUUUCAGAUACAUGCCUUCAUGGAGAAGGCUGGUUUGGUUCCAGAUGUUUACACCUAUGGUGUUUUGAUCCAUGGAUUGUUUACUUAA